AUGGACAUCAUGAGUUUCACUGGUCAUUUUGAUCACGGCAGUGACACCCAUUUGCCACCAGGCUUUCGCUUCCACCCAACUGAUGAGGAACUCAUCACCUACUAUCUCCUCAAGAAGGUCCUUGACAGCAGCUUCACUGGCCGAGCCAUUGCUGAAGUCGACCUCAACAAGUGUGAGCCAUGGGAGCUCCCUGACAAGGCAAAGAUGGGGGAGAAAGAGUGGUACUUUUUCAGCCUCCGCGACCGGAAAUACCCAACUGGGCUCAGAACCAACAGAGCUACCGAAGCUGGGUACUGGAAAGCUACUGGGAAAGACAGAGAGAUUUACAGCUCCAAGACUUGUGCUCUUGUUGGGAUGAAGAAGACCUUGGUUUUCUACCGUGGCAGAGCUCCAAAGGGUGAGAAAAGCAACUGGGUCAUGCAUGAGUACCGCCUUGAAGGCAAAUUCGCCUACCACUAUCUCUCCAGGAGCUCCAAGGACGAGUGGGUUAUUUCCCGGGUUUUUCAGAAGAGCAGCGGGUCGACGACAAACGGACCCGGAUCCAAGAAGACCCGAAUGAGCAACGGCUCCACCAGCAGUAUCAGUCUCUACCCAGAACCCAGCUCGCCUUCCUCCGUCUCCCUCCCGCCGCUCCUCGAUUCUUCCCCAUAUCAAAAUAUGAACACCGCCGGCCUCACCGACCGUGACAGCUGCUCUUACGACAGUCCAAUCCCGAAGGAGCACGUGUCCUGUUUCUCCACCAACCCCAACAGUGGCUUCAACCUCUCUUCCUCGUGCUUCGACUUAACUCACGCCCAGCCUCCGCCGCAGCCAGGCUUCGGUGGCGUCUCGGCUUUCCCGAGCCUCAGGUCUCUGCAGGAGAAUCUCCAGCUGCCCUUCUUCUUCUCCCCAAUGUCGGGUCAUCAGCCUGUCCACGUCGGCAGUUCAGGCGGUGGCGGCGGCUCAACGAUCGACCUGGGUGGCUUAAGCUCUGCCGGCAACUGGCCGCCUCCACCUCCUCACCAGGAAGAGCCCAGGACCGUGGGCCCCACCGAGCUGGAUUGCAUGUGGACGUACUACAAGACGGAAUGCCUUUGA